AUGGGGCUCCUGCUGGGGCUGUGUGCAGAGGAGCAGCGGCAGUUCUACGAGAGGGCCAAGACCAUCACCAAGUACAAGCGGCUCAAACGCAAGCUGGCCGCCAACGACGCCGCCGCCGCCGCCGCUGCUGCGGCUGGCGCUGGCGCCAACGCUGCACCCGCUCUCUUCCAGACCGCGCCCAAGACCGCAGCCGUCUCCGUGUUCAGUGACCACAAGCGCAACGGCACUAACAAGCUUCGUCUUAUGCUGUUGUUGCUGCUGCUGCUGCUGGUGGUGCUGGUGCUGCUGCUUGGCCAGAAGACCGGCGGAGAAAGUUUCUACGACAAGAUCUUCAGCGGACAUGUGGACGGCCGGGACAAAGAGGAGCUCGAAGAGUUCUUCCACCAGCAGUACCGCCGGAAGGACAACGCGCACGGCGAUAGCGAACAGAAGAAGCGCAAGACCGAUACCGCGCUCGAUGACGAAGAAGAGGAGGACGAGGACGAGGACGAGGAGGUGAAGGCGGGUCCCGCCAAGAAGGCGCGAACGGAGGAGUCGCGGCGGCGGCGGCGACGACGACGACGACGACGACGACACGAUCAAGAUGAAGAGGGCGAGAACAAAGAAGGCGAGGACAAGGAAAGCAAAGAAGAAACGCACAAGAAGCAGGAUGAAAAGGGAACGAAGAAGAAGCAGAUGGAGAAGAAGAAGAAGGAGAAGGGGAGCAAGCCGGAUCCGUUCUUCAACGAGCGGAAGAAGUGGGAGGAGGCGCAGGAGCAGAAGCGGAAGGCACGCGAGGAACGGGAGGCCCGGAUCCGGAAGAAGCAGGAGACCCUCGAGAAGCGGAAGCAGAAGACCCAGCAGCUGCGGCAACGCUCCAAGCGCGGGCAGCCCAUCAUGGCCAACCUCCUCUCCCACUACCUCGACAAGCUCUCCACCACCACCCCCACCCCCACCGCCAAGGACCAGUAG